AUGUCACCAGACUUGAACUCUCUUCCCCCAUCUCGCUCAUCCUCAAUCUCAUCCUCCGCCCAAGCCCGUAACAUGGCUACUGCACCUGGCAACGGUGUGCCCGCAAAUCCGAGCACCUCCCCCAGACCCUCCCGGGGCUCGAGCAUCGGCCGCUUGUCAGUAUCCGAGCGGCGUCGGUCCGCUGCUGGUAUCAAUCUAAACUUGAACGACAUGCAGGCCAAUAGCGAGGCCCCGGUCGAUCAUCGCAGCUCCAUCGGGCAUGCUUUCCGUACAGCCAGCCCAUCCAGCCACGGAGGAAGUCCUAUCUUCGCGACAGCAGACCCCCAUCACCAGCGGGCACCAUCUUUGGGCGAGCUACACCAGGAGUUGGAGCAAGAGCAGGAAGCACAGGUGAAUCGUCUUUUGCAGAUGAUUCGCAGCCAGCAAGCCCAGCUUCAUCAGUAUCAGCAGAACCAACCACCACAGAACCCACAGUCAUCCGCGGCCAUCGACGACACUACUCCUUCCUCGGAGCGGUCAGCAUUCUUUCCCCCCGGCCCACCACCCCCAGCCGGCAACAGGCUAUCGAUUUCGUCGUCGCUCUCAAACCGCCGACCCUCGCGACCUGAGAGCCAGGCAACUUCCCCGAAUUUGCGACCCCUCGACUCGCGGGGACCGGAGGGCGUGGAGCCGUUCCCGGGGUUGCGGGAGAACAUGUCUCGGCGGGGAAGUCGGGAUGAAAGUGCAUUUUACCAGGCCGAGGCUAGCUCGCUAGGCCGGGAAAACGUACUUCUUCGGCAACGGAUUCGGGAACUAGGUGAGAACCCCGUUUCACCUUGUAAUUUGCAGGGAAACUCCACUCCAGCAGUGGAAUGGCUGGGAGCAUGCGUGCUGACUUUUCCUCACAGAGAGACAAAUUGGAGAAUUGACGACUUCUCAGGCACCAUCGACAGAUGCAUCGGGGCAAGCGGGUCCCGAGGUCGCGGACCCGCCUGCCGUGGGGUCGACGCGAGACGGUAA